AUGUCUUCUGGGGAAAUCUUUCCACAUUCAGAAGAAACGACAGUCAUGGACAUGUGUUUUAGCCCCGGUCCGGCGAUUCCUGUCGGGACGACCAUCCCGGUGAUUGCGAAUCCUCGUCUGGCGGAACUACGUGACCCUUCAGAGGAUUGGACUGGAGUCACGAGUACGACGGAGAGGCGGAAAUUACAAAAUAGACUGAACCAGAGAGCUCGAAGGCGGAGAGCACAGAAGAAAGUCGGCAAGCAUUUUCCAUCAGAUAUAGGUCCAGCCCCUGAAGUGGACUCUGACCCAUCGAAAUCCCUGGUAAAGAAGGAGUCGCGUUCGCCAACCACCGAAAACACUCAGACGGCCCUGGCAGCCAUCACCACAGGGAAGAAUGAAGGGACCGCAAAUAUCUGCCUCCUGGGUAGACAGGGUACGCCAGCUAUGCUGGAAAAGUUCGCCGAGGAGGCGUACGCGGACUAUAUGCUCGGCAGGCCCUGUACAGACUACCUGACGACCCUCGUCCGCGUCAACGUUUUCCACGCCUUUGUCCGCAACGCCCGCGCCCUCAACUUCAACGCCGAGUGGCUGACCUACGACUCCAUCUCGCCCUUCAACAAGAUUGGUCCCGGCCUGGGCCCCGCCGCGGCGACCGAGACGUGUCCGCCCAACAUGCUGCCUACCGCGCUGCAAAUGUCCGUCGAGCACCACCCCUGGAUCGACUUUUUCCCCCACGCCCGCAUGCGAGACAACUUUCUACGGAUCGUGGCCGAGCACGGCGAAGAUUACGUUGAUGAGGACGAAAUAUGUCGGGACGUUGUCGAUGUAGGCGCGGGGGCGGGAGUCGAGCACGCCGCGCUCAUCGUUUGGGGGGAGCCGUGGGAUCCGCGGGGGUGGGAGGCCACGGAGCCGUUUCUCCGGAAAUGGGGCUGGCUGCUUGCCGGCUGCACCGAAAUGCUGGAGGGGACGAAUUACUGGAGGGAGAAAAGAGGCUUGCGGAAACUUAAAUUCACCUGA